UGGCAGGCUGCUGCUGAUGGUGCUCACUGAUGAAAACUUCAGGCUCAGCCCAGCAGGUCUGGUUCUUGUGUGCCAGAGUUUGAAAACCCUCCAGCCAAUUGAUGAGCUGAAGAAAGGUCCGUUCAUGCUGCAGGUCCAAGUCCUGGAGUACCGGCAGACUGAUGCAGGGGUGGAGGUUGACAUCCGCCUCUCUGCCACUUCUCGUUCCGGAUGCCCAGUUUGGGAGAGCGUCCUGACACUGCUGUCCAAGAACAAGCUCCACAAAGCCCACAGAGGCUUAACGAAGAACGAAUAUGAAAGCCAACCAGAGGAGCCUGUGCCAGAAAGCAUGAAGCAGGUAGAGCUCAGAGUUCCCUGGAGUACCUACCUGCAGUGUGUAUGGUCCCUUUCUGGCUACUCCCUCUUUCGACUCCUCUCUCUACCAGCCAGGCUCUUUGGCUGCAGAUCACAGACCGCGCCAAGUCUCUGGAUGCUGUCGGUCUGCUUGGCAGAAAUCGAAAAGCACAAAGGGUCCGAAGUCAUCACAGCUCCUGUCAACAUGACUGCUCAGUUUAAGGAGCCUCUGUUGGUACCAGGCAAAGUGACAAUCAGGUUUUGGGAGACGAUCAAAAAUGGGGUCAGUCUUCCGUCCAAGGCCUCACAUGUAGCAACAAGGAAACAACUUUUCUCACAUGGUGGGACUGAUUUCUAGGUCUUGAUGAGCGUAUAGUGUUGAUAAAAGUAGUGUUGUCAAAACACAAUAAAAUGUUAAUAUUUUACUUCUUCCAUUACCUUCUGUUUCAUUUUGGACUACGCGGUGCAUUUCAGUAAUUAAAUUCAACAAGGCUGGUCUGGACAAUCAGCUUAUCACCCUUCACCAUUAAAGCAUUUCCUCAUAUGAUAAUAAAAUAAAAUAUUUGUAGAGUUAAUUUUACCUUUCUUACAAAAUUUCAAUUACAUAUUUUUUCAUAAGAACAUGUAUUAAUAGAUGUAUCUGCUUCUGAGCUUCCUCUUUUAUUGUUAAGUGUUAUCAGCUUCAUUGAAUGUAACCACUGCAAUUCCUAUGAUAAUGUCAGAGUAUUGUUCUACAGUCAAACCUGAUUUAAAAAAACAAAACAAAAAAUCAGUGGAUUUGACAGUACUAAAAGAGCCAUGUCAUUGAAUAAAACAGACUUUUGUAUUAGACUUUACUGUAAAAACUUUCGCUUUCAAAUAAAA